AUGGAUUGGUGCACCAAUGAGGCCAUGAAUUUCACGAAUCUGGGCAUCCUUACACUUGAGCAUAAUAAGGCGUGUGCCGUGCGUGUGUUGUGCGGUUUUCCCAUCGACAUGUGUUAUUUGAGACACUCGCUCCUGAAGUUCGGGUGCGACGAGUUCGGCCUGGACAUCGCGGCGGGCCCGCGGUUUCGCGACCGCCGCGAGUGCAGCUGCUGCAUUUGCGAGGUCCGCCAUGGCCGCGCCCUCUCUCAACAGCUUCGCGUCGCGUCCUCGAGGCGUCUGGCCGAGUUGGCCGCGCGGGCGUGUGCGGGGCGUUUUCUCUGCCAUUCUGUCCCGCUCCCCCUCCCUGUGGGCUGCCCGUGCGCGUUGCUCUGGGCAAGGAGGCGCGGC